CACGUGACCGCUCUUCCCCUCUCCCUCUCGGCUCCAUAUUGAAUUUGAAAGUGAAGGAAACGAGUCUGGUCACAAAAUGGAGGUUAAAAGGAGCAGUUGAGUUAGUGCAUCCUUCCAAAAUGUCUGGGAUCAAAGAGGAGAGAGAUAUUGAAGACUACAAGAGGAAAGGAAGAAGAUCUUCACAGGGUCAUGACCCAAAGGAGCCAGAACAGUUGAGAAAACUGUUCAUUGGAGGCCUGAGCUUUGAAACAACAGAUGAUAGCUUAAGAGAACAUUUUGAAAAAUGGGGCACACUCACAGACUGUGUGGUGAUGAGAGAUCCACAAACAAAACGUUCCAGAGGCUUUGGCUUUGUGACAUACUCCUGUGUGGAAGAGGUAGAUGCUGCAAUGAGUGCUCGACCACAUAAGGUUGAUGGGCGUGUAGUUGAGCCCAAGAGGGCAGUUUCUAGAGAAGAUUCUGUAAAGCCUGGAGCACACUUAACAGUAAAGAAAAUAUUUGUUGGUGGAAUUAAAGAAGAUACAGAAGAGUAUAAUUUAAGAGACUACUUUGAAAAAUAUGGCAAGAUUGAAACCAUAGAAGUCAUGGAAGAUAGGCAGAGUGGAAAGAAAAGAGGAUUUGCUUUUGUAACUUUUGAUGAUCAUGAUACAGUUGAUAAAAUUGUUGUUCAGAAAUAUCAUACUAUAAAUGGACAUAAUUGUGAAGUGAAAAAAGCACUUUCUAAACAAGAGAUGCAGACUGCUAGCUCACAGAGAGGUCGCGGGAGUGGCUCAGGCAACUUUAUGGGUCGUGGAAGUUUUGGAGGAGGAGGAGGAGGAGGUGGUGGUGGUGGAAAUUUCAGCCGAGGAGGAAACUUCGGUGGCAGAGGAGGCUAUGGUGGUGGUGGUGGUGGUGGUGGGAGAAGUGGAAGCUUUGGAAGUGGUGAUGGAUAUAAUGGAUUUGGCGAUGGUGGGAACUAUGGAGGUGGCCCUGGUUACAGUAGUAGAGGGGGUUAUGGUGGUGGUGGUGGAGGAGGACCAGGAUACGGAAACCCAGGUGGUGGAUAUGGUGGCAGUGGUGGUGGAGGAGGAGGAGGUGGAUAUGAUGGUUACAAUGAAGGAGGAAAUUUUGGUGGCGGUAACUAUGGUGGCAGUGGAAACUAUAACGAUUUUGGCAAUUAUAGUGGACAACAGCAGUCAAACUAUGGACCCAUGAAAGGAGGUGGCAGUUUUGGUGGCAGAAGCUCAGGCAGUCCCUAUGGUGGUGGUUAUGGAUCUGGAGGUGGCAGUGGUGGCUAUGGUGGCCGAAGAUUCUAAACUGAACCAGAAAAAGGGCUACAGUUCUUAGCAGGAGAGAGAGAGCGAGGAGUUGUCAGGAAAGCUGCAGGUUACUUUGAGACAGUCGUCCCAAAUGCAUUAGAGGAACUGUAAAAUCUGCCACAGAAGGAACGAUGAUCCAUAGUCAGAAAAGUUACUGCAGCUUAAACAGAAAAACCCUUCUUGUUCAGGACUGCCAUAGCCACAGUUUGCAAAAAAGUGCAGCUAUUGAUUAAUGCAAUGUAGUGUCAAUUAGAUGUACAUUCCUGAGGUCUUCUAUCUGUUGUAGCUUUGUCUUUCUUUUUUUUUUUUUUUUUUUUUUUUCUUUCAUUACAUCAGGUAUAUUGCCCUGUAAAUCGUGGUAGUGGUACCAGGAAUAAAAAACAAUUAAGGAAUUUUUAACUUUUCAAUAUUUGUGUAGUUCAGUUUUUCCACAUUUUAGUUCAGACUUUAACAAAAAUAAAGAAAUGUAGUUUAGGGUGUUUCUUGUUAAUGAAGAAGAUUGAUGCAUUUCUCAAUUACCAUUUUGUGUUAACUUCAACUGUAGAAACACCUGCUGAUUUGCAGUCUUAAGGGGUCUAGUCUCAAUGUAUAUAUAACUCACAUUGACAUGAGUUGUAUAUAUAUAUAUAUGCGAAUAGAGAACAUAUGUUGCAUAAUUUUGUUUAGAUGUAUUAGGAUUCAGUUAUUUAAACUAGUGUUUGUGAAUGAUAGAAUUAAGCUUACUUUCAAAUGAAAAUUUCAAAUUACUUUUUGGUUUGUGCAUAUUUUUUAAUUUGUAGUUCUAUUACUUAGCGCUGGCUCUGCAAGAAAAUAAGGCAUGAUAAAUAUUUUGACAAGACACUCUUUAGCUACAGUCAAACUGCCUCCAGUCUCAUUUUGAGAUAUGUAGGGGAUAUCUGCAGUCUCUUGUUCAAGUUCUGGGUGAAGAGGAGAUGGACUUGCUUUUACCUUUUUCAAAUUCUUGUAAAGCUCAAAAGGGUGAAACUCAAGUGCCUAUUACCCUAGGGUAUGAAGUUAGAUUUUUUUAUUUUUAUAUUUUUGGGGAUGAAAUUGUGCUUUGAAGAGAGCAGCCAUGAUGUCUUUCUCUUGAACUAUUUCAUUUGAACGUGCUGUUGUAGUGAGAGAAUAGGUAUAUAUUGUAAAACAAUGUAAUGGCUAUAUGCUUCCUUGUAUACACCCUAGGCAUUUUUUCUGGACACAUCCUUCUGACUUGGAGCAAAGAGUAGCACAGGUAUAAUCCCUGACAGUCUCAGGUAAUGCAUUAAAAAGCCUCAUGAUGAUGGGCAAAGUGUCAUAGUUCAAGUACUUUACUUCUGACGAUAUGGGUUCAAGUAAGGUAUUUAGGGUUAUUUGAAAAUAAACUUGGUCAUAUUUUAAUGGCAGGAAAUCUUUAGUUCCAUUGUUUGGGCUAGAUUUGAUACCAGUGUCAGUUUGCUUUUAAGAGAUGCCCAUAAUCAAUUCAGAUAUGGAUGGUGGUGGUGUAUUAAAGUGGAAUACAGGCAGAAUGACUGGGUAGGUGACAGUAAUGCUGAAAACUAUCUGGGGCUAAUAGUGGAUCACAAAUGAGUCAACAAUAAUGUAUUUGCGAAAAGGGCUAAUAUCAUUCUGGGGAGUAUUAACAGGAGUGUCUCUCCAUGUAGGAUAUGGGAGGGGAGAGAAGGAUGGUGUUUGUUACUCCUCUUUGCUUGGCACUGGUAAGGCCUCAGCUAGAGCAUUUUGUGUCUAGUUCUGGGUGCCACACUUCAAGGAAAAAUGUGGAUAAAUUGGAGAGUUAAGAGGAGAGCAACAAAUAAAAGGCUUAGAAAACCUGACAUAGGAGGAAAGGCUAAAAAACUGGGCAUGCUUAGUCUUGGGAAAAGAACAUGGAGGGGGGAUCUGAUAAGUCUUCAUCAAUAUUAAGGGUUUUUACAAAAAGGAUGGUAAUCAAUUGUUCUCAAUAUGUACUGAAGGUAGGACAAGCAGUAAUGGGCUUAAUCUGCAGCAAGGGAGAUUUAGGUAGGCUAUUAGGAAAUCCUGUUUAACAAUAACAAUAGUUGUUGAAUUCUGGAAUAGGUUUCCAAAAGAGGCUCUUGAAAAUCUGCAACAUUUAGAAGGCUUUUAAGAACAUGUUGGACAAAAACCUAUCAAGGAUUGUCUAGGUUUACUUGGUCCUACCUCAGCGCAGGGAGAUGAAGUUGAUGACCUCUGAAGGUCCCUUUCAGUCUGCCAUUUCUGAGAUUGUGAUAUAUAGCCCUAGCAAGUAUGCUUAUUGCCUUAUUCUGAACCCCAAAUUCAGGCACUGGUCAUCCUUUCCUCUACUUGAUUUGACUUUUCUCUCAACUCUUGCCAGAGCAGUGCUUUCUAUCAUACAGGCCCAGAAGAGUAGGGAUACAGUCAGUAGAAGAAAAACCCCAGACAUUUGACAGUAUGUGAUGCUCGAAUUGCUCUCACCUGUUUCACCUCUGAGUCAAUGUGCAGUAUAAGGUAAAUGCAAUUCCAGCACAGGAAUCCAUCUUCAAAGAUGUUAUGAAAUGGCUUAAGUUGCAACCAAUCAAACUACAAUAAGUUACUAUUUAAGAGGUUGUAGAAGAAAUCAAAAUUAUUAAGCAAUGUUGCCAAACAUUGUUAUGGGAGUGUGUUCAGAUUUCAGAAUACUAAAGAAACAAGGAACACUGUCAAGGUUGGUAUACACCAAACUGGAUUUUUUUCCUCAUCUGCUCAGGUUUUUUUCCUGUGGGAAUGUUCUAAAAUUUUUCUCUAGUUUAAAAAAAAAAAAAAAAAUCUGCAUGAAUCCAGACUAUAGUAAAAUGGCAUGCAUUGAGAUGGGAGUUGAAAAGGUAGCACUUAAAUUUAAAUCACCUCCAAGGAGCUUGUAGAGAAUGGCCAAACUUAAAAGGUACAUCUGAUCUGGAUACUUGGAAAAUUGUGGGUGAGUUCUGCAGUCACACAGCAUUUUAGAUCACUCCUUGACUUGCAUGUGCAAAUGCUUGCUAACAAGGAGUUGGGUAGACUUGGAUCUGCAUCUGAUUGUAGGAAAAGAAUUAGGAUGGGUUGAGGUAAAGUCUUGACAGUGUUCUUUUAACAAGGCCUCUGUAGUUGCCCUGUAACACUUACUAUAUUAGUUUCAAGAUUGAUUAUAAACAAGACUCAUUUGCAACUUUAAACAGUUGAAGUCUGCAAGUGAAGUGUUCCUAAGUGGGUGGGGUAGCUUAGUUGUGGUAUGCAAUAUGGAAAAGUGUAAGCUGUGAGACAGUGAUUAACCAGCUUUAAGAACCUAGGAUGUACUUCUUAGCAAAGUGUGGAUCAAAGGACUCAUAAGACAGGACUUCAGCAGCCUAUUGAGUAUGGACAAGUCAGCAUAAUUAAAGAAUGACAAGGCAGCGGCAGCAACAGCAGCUUCAACUUCCAGAGAAGUGAAGGCAUAAGAUACUGUGCUGAUAGUGAGCAGCUUUCCAAAGGCUAGUUAAAUCUGCUGAAAUAUCGAAGAAAGUCUAGCAAGAGUUCUUCACCUUUUGGAACCUCCUUGAGUGAUAGCCACUUGAGUUGACACAAAAUCAAUAGGUCUAGCAUUUAGACCUGAAAGAAAGGGCAAUGAGAUAGGUAAGGUUUGCCUUUAAAAUUUUUUCAUGAAUUAGAAUAGUAGUGGCUUUUUAAACAAGGUAAGAGUAAUUUCUUUGCAUUGCAGGUUGAAUGAGAAGCUGCUCCUUGACAAAAUGAGGAAUGUCUUGUAUAUCCUCUUCGGUUCAAAGGUUUCAGACUAGUUUCAUCAGACAAGGAGAGGAACAAAUUACUUGAAAGAAAAGUUGGACAGAUGGUAUACCUGAAUAUCUGAACUUACAGGUUGACUCCUGUACCUCUAAGAUAAUUAUUUUCCUGAACUCAGUGGUGCAAGUCUAUCCAUCGUAGAAGAAAAAUGACCCUUCCGUAGAGGAUAAUGUCACAAGAUUUGAAAACAGAAAUUAAAUCUAUAAUUAAAUUGUCAUUUAAAGGCUUAAACGGUGGUAAUGUAGUGAAACUUUACAGCUUGCAUUCAAACAAGGUUUAGAAAAGAACAUCCAUAAAUGUUAACUAUGUAUAUCAAAGUAUUGUCAAUAAUGCAUUUAUAUGUGUUAAAAUAUUUCCCAUUUUCUGUA